AUGCUGGCUCACAAGACGACCCGCGCUGCUGCCCGUGGCAUCAAGUCCACCCACGCGCCCUCUGUACAGCGGCCACGCACCCUGCGGGUGCGUGCUGCUGCGCAGCCCGACGACGGCAGCAGCAGCAGCAGCAGUGCGCGUCCUGGCGUGGCUGCCGGCGCCAAGCCGGCGUUCCUCAGCACCGUCGACCGCAUGCUCACGCGCUACGACUUCCUCUCCACCGGCUGCGGUGCGCUGGCGGUGACCGGCUACUGCGUCAUGCGCGGCCAAGAUCCUGGCACCGCGGCCGCCAUCACCGUCACCGCCACCGUGGUCGCCCUCGUUGCGAACGAGCUCCUUUUUGACGGCCGCCAGCAGUGA